UCUCAUCUUGUCCAGUCUUGGAUACCGCUGCGUCGGUUGUUCAGACUGCGGGGGGUGUUGGAGUAUAUUGAGCCCAUGUGUAUAGAGGCCCAUCUAGGGUUGGAGGAAUACAGCAAUUAUUCCCGUCAUUACUAACUUGUCUGCAGUGUUGUGGAGCUGUUAAUAGGAGGAUUCAUGUUAUAUCUGUGUUUAAGGACCUUUGGAAGAACUAUCACAUUUCUCCAAUAGUGUUUCUGCUUUUUAAAUCUACAUCCAUAUAAAAAUUUCAAGUAAUUAUCUUUGGACUGACUGUGUUUCAAUCCAUCCUAUCUCGAAAUAAAAAUAAAACAUUGUUUUGGUUUCUGAAAUGAAGUUUUAUUCUUCCCUACAGGUCUGUUCACAAAUUGCAGCUCAGCGUGCAGCCAAACCCGACCUUGAUAAACUUUAUAUUACAAAAGAGAGCUCGACAGAUCCUGUCGAUCAGCUCUUUAUGGAUACUGCUGUUUACACUCGUAAUCGUUGUUUCCGUUUGGCUUUCUCAUCGAAGUCUGGGAAGAAAUCGUUUCUUGUGCCUAGCAGGCGCUUCAAAUGCAAGGAAACGAAUGAUAAAGAUGUCUUUAUGGAGUCACUUAUUUGCAGAUUGGAUGAUAACUGUGAUAAACUUUUGAUAUGCAAACUGGACUUGGAAUGCAAGAAAACAUUGCAUUUUGACUCUGAAUUCAGUAUGCCUCGAAUUCAAGGAAGGAACAAGGAACCCAUUGUUACUUAUCGAAGCGAUUUUCCUCAUGAAUACACCUAUGGAAAAUCUCACUUUCCAGCUUUGGAUGGUUUUAUUGAGUUUAUUGCUUCUUUGGGAAAUGUUUCAGGAAAGAUUCGAUCCUGGUACUGGUUUUCACAGUAUGGUUUGAUGAUCUAUAGCAUGUCAAGGAGCAGGUACUGUGAGCAUAUUGGAAGAGAGCAUAAGAGCAAUCAUGUGAUGUACAUUGUUGAUAUCCAAAGAGCAGCGUACUACCAAAAGUGUUACGACCCUGAUUGUCAAGGUUAUCGUUCUCCAUUGCGUCCUGUACCCUGGGAUGUGAUGCCUGAACUUAGCUCUGUAGUGGAGUCAGCCAAGACAGAAUAUCAGGGCAAAGUUCUAGAAAUCAAUUUAGACGACAGCAGCAGGAACAGGUGUUAUCUGUCUGAUGGUAAAUCUGUCAUGGAGAGUCAUGAGGAGGAUCCCGGAUGGUGGGAAGAAGCUGUAAAAUUUGCCGAUAGCAUCGAGAAUAUCGAGCACACUUCUGACCUCUGUACCUUGGAUGAUGAUGAUGCUGACUUCUGGAUGGACGCAGAAAGGAUUAUGGAGCAAAUUGAGGAACAAAAAGGAUCCCAGAGCAAUACAUAGGGUUUCCGGCAGUCGCAUUGCUACUGCGCAUGUCCAUGCUUCGGAGUAGGUUAUCGUUCUCCAUUGCGUCCUGUACCCUCAACGGCGGUGUAAUGUAGAACAUAGAAUAUUCAAAUAAUAUUUAUGUUAAUAGAGAAUUGUAAUAAUUAGUGACAAACUUUGAAAAUUGUGAUGUGGAAGCAUCCAAAAGCUGAUAUUUUUCUGCCCAAGGGGGAAUUGGACUAAAAUGAAGCACUCCUAGCCAAAUUACGGGAAACACCCUGGUACAAGAGA